AUGACGCAGACCAUCCCGCAGACCCUCCCGCAGGCCACGGUGGAGAAGAUGCCCUUCUCCCCAUCUCGCCUUUCCAGGUCUAGCUCCACCAGGAUCAUCCGGGAGAGGCUCGACCACGAAAACGCGAAGGCUGCGGCCAUCCGGAAGAGCUUCCAGCGGCCAAAGUUUUGGGUCAUGGGUUUCGGCUGGUGUUUGGCCGCAUGUGCGGGUGCGGCCAAUGUCAUUGCUUACAAGUCCUGGAGUCUGUAUGCCUCGCACGUUACCGGAAGCACCUCGAACAUUGCCUUCCGACUGGAGGGCUACCAGCAGGGUGAGUAUGGUUCCGAGACCUUGGCGGAAGCAUGCUCGCUGGUCUUCUCUUUCCUGGUUGGGGCAUACACCUGCGGAGUUCUCAUUGACAAGAAUCAAGUGCACUUCCUGGGGAAAGCUUUCUACGGCUUGGCCCUAGUUUUGAACUCGGCCCUGUUGGUGUCGGCGGCCUUCGUGCAGGGUCGCUUGCUCCCGGCUUGCCUCGUGGCCGCCGCGUGCGGCCUGCAGAAUGCUAUGUGCACGUCUCACUUCGGAGCCAUCAUCCGCACGACACACGUCACUGGCACCAUGACCGACAUCGGAUCGACCAUGGGGCGCAUCAGCAUGAUCUACUUGAGGAGAGCCUGCCGGUGUAGCCAACUGACCGACAUCGAGCGUGCAGAGAUCGGGGUGGAUGCACAGAAGCUGACAGUGCUGUUCGGGCUGUGGACGUUCUUCCUGUUCGGUGGGCUCAUUGGGAUCUACGUGGAAAACUUCGUGCAGGGGCCCAGGGCGCUUCUAGUCCCGGCUUUCGUCACAGGCAGUAUGGGCUUGACCUACAUGGCCUUCCGCCAGAUCUUGAAGGACUACAUCAAAAAACUGGAGCAGGAGCGCUUCUCGGCUGACCUCCAGGAGGCGCAGAGCGCCUUGGCCCACAUGGGAAGCCGCCUUCAUGAUCUCGAAAACGGCAAGGGCGUGGCAGACUUGGACGAAGAGAUGGGCCACAUGAUCGAUGCUUUGCAUGAGGUGGAGGCCGACUUCGACAACCUGUACCGGCAGUCGAGCCGUGCAGCUUGGCCUACGCGAGUGGCACUGGCCCACCCAGACCUUGCGUAG